AUGGCUGUUCCACCACCGGCACAAUCAUCAUCCCUCCGCCUGCUUGUGCUUGCCCCCUCCUCAGAGGCUGCUACUAUACCGCCGUUCCCGGCUUUGUUAGAGGCCAUUACCGGGGCGAAGCCCUCGACCGAAGUCACCUCAUUCGCGGGCUACACGUCGCAUCCACCACUUCCGUUGAGAACAAAGUACUAUAGUUCCGACGUGACUAUCUGGUGCGACGAACUACCGGCUGUGGCAGUGUCAACCCCCCAAAAUAAUGCACACGAGACCGUCCUUGUGGACAAAAGCUGCAACCCUGUUCCACUCGGCGUAGGCAUUCCAGAAGAUCCAUCGACGGAUCUGUCCAAACAAGUCGAAGUCCCCGAAACCGAUGAAGACCACACUCCUUCAACGCUCGAUGAAUGGAAAGAGCAGAUGCUCUCCCCCGCGGCCUCGGAAGUCCGCGCCGUCAUUGGCGGCAUUGUACUUGUCCUGCCUAUCUCUUCACGCUCGUCAUCGUUAAUCCUCGACUCUUACUAUUCGCUCAUUGAGGCCAUUCAUGCCCUAAGGGAGGCCGUCGAGGAGGAAAGCUAUGGGCGUGAUGUUGCCUCGAUCGUGGUCCUACAGCCUACGUCACCCACAGUCUCACCGGGAAUACUGGCUAGUACUGCAGAACAGAUCGAAGAUGCUUGCUUGUCCGACAGGGGAAUCCUAGGGUGGGACUUCGUUGCAUGGGAUGGCGAAGUGCAAAAGCCCGGGAAGACAGCCGACCAAGCGGAUGUCAGAAACGAGUAUGGCGAGAAAACGGGAAUAAGAAGAGUCAUUGAAGUGCUAGAGGGCAUCGACUGGUCUGCAGCGCCGAGUUUCGGUGAUCUCGAAGAUAUCGGAGCAGUCGACUUUGACAAGUUGGGUGCUGGCGAAGAGGCAUCUUCAGCGAUAGACACCUUGGCCAACGGAAGUUUCUUCGAUCUCGAUUAUGAAUUGCAGCAGGAAAUGAUGGAGCUGAAGAUGUCCAUGCUCGACCAGGAGACGCUGGAAGAUGGUGAACCUGCAAUGAAGAUGUCCAGACCCGACCAUGAACCACAAGAUGGAGACGAGAAUGCAAGCCUAGUGAAUGCCGACUCCGACGCCGACGCCGAGGUGGAGGAUGAAGAUGAGCUGCAGGUCGAAGAGCUGCAGGGGCUGAUGGAGCGAGUCGUUGCUAUCCGGGAGACUGCCUCCGAGAUGCCCAAGGGCGAAAGAGAGAGAUUUGCCAAAAGGGAGAUUGCGAAAAUCAUGCUAGACAUGGGCUAA